AUGGAGUCUAACUUAGUGCAAGCCGUGGUUGCUGUCCUCGCUGUGUUGUUGAUCUCGAUGCAAUGCGGCAGGGCACUAUGGUAUGUCAUGUGGAGGCCGUAUGCCGUCGCCUGGUGGUUCAGGCAACAAGGGAUCCAAGGCCCACCUUACAAAAUACUCUUUGGGUCCUUGCCCGAGAUUAGGCGACUACUGAUUUCAGGGAGAGCAAAUGCUCUCGAUGCUGGCUGCCACAACUACGCCUCUCUCGUGCAGCCCUUCUUUCAGAAAUGGGCCUCCGACUACGGGAAAACAUUCCUGUACUGGUUGGGACCAAUCCCCGCGAUCUGCUCUACUAACAUGAUGACGAUAGUCAAGCAAGUGCUAGGCGACAGGACACACUUGUUUCAGAAAGACUACUUGAAUCCCAAGUUUGAAAUCAUCCUAGGCGAAGGGCUCAUAUUUGUGAAUGGAGAUGAUUGGAAGCGGCACCGAAGAGUGGUCCACCCAGUUUUCAACCAGGAGAAGCUCGUGUCCAUGUCAGCCAUGGCAUCAGAAUGCGCACAGCAGAUGAUGGAGCGUUGGUUCGCCAAAAUAAAAAACGGCAACGACCACCAAGCUGAGACAGACAUGCUCGGCGACUUCGAUGAGUUAACUCUAACAGUUAUUGCAAGGGUGAUUUACGGCGAGAACAACCAGGAUGCCCGGGACAUAUUUCAACUACUCCAGGAGGUCCGAGAUCUUACAAUAUCUUCUUUUCUUGAUCCCCCAAUACCAUGGUUCAGGUACUUGCCAACACGCCGCAAUCGCCGGUCGCGGCAACUUGACAAUUUCGUAACCAGCAAGAUCAGGCGACUUAUACAUGAGCGACUUGCCAGGAAAGACACCCAGGGCGGCUAUGGAGAUGACGUGCUGGGCGUAACAGUGAAGGCAUGGUCUGAAGCGGGGACCCUGAGCGUCCAGGAGAUCAUCGGCGAGUGCAAGACCUUCCUUGCCGCAGGGCAGGACACCAGUGCAAAUCUCCUCACCUGGGCGAUGUUUCUGCUGAGUAGCUACCCGGAGUGGCAGGAGAAGGUUAGAGAGGAGGUUCUCCGAGAGUGCCCAGACAGCAUCGAGGUGCAUAGCGUUGAGGCCAUGGGAAAACUGAAGUUGCUUAACAUGACCCUGCUAGAGACACUGAGGCUCUACAACCCUGUGCCGUUCUUGCUGAGGAAAACCGCCAAAGACACCAUUCUCGCAGACAUCCGAGUGCCAAAAGGAACAACAAUAACCAUUCCCAUAGCAAUGUUGCACAGGGACGAGGAUAUCUGGGGCGCUGACGCGAACGCAUUUAACCCAAUGAGAUUUGAGAGCGUUGCCUCGAGGGCCCACCCCAACGCAUUGUUGAGCUUCUCAUAUGGCCCGAGGGCCUGCAUAGGGCAAAACUUUGCUAUGAUUGAGGCGCAGACUGUGCUACUAAUGAUCCUGAAAAAGUUCUCAUUUUCACUGUCUCCAAACUACAUUCACAAACCUACAAAUAACCUCACGUUGGCACCCAAGUAUGGGCUCCCUGUUAUCUUGAGGACACUGCCCAUAUGA